CACGACGUCAGCCGUCGGCGCGAGCCCUGUCCCGGGGUGUGCGGGAGAUGCAGUGCGCAUGCUCCCUCUGAGUCGCCUCAGGCGACGGCAGCUGAGGUGGGGGCUAGGGCUCUUUCAGUGGUGGGCGUCCCUGCAGUUCUCAUUUAGUAUGGAAGAAAAUGAGUUCUUUGGAGAAAAAACAUUCCAGCAUUAUUGUUCAGAAUUCAUUAAACAUUCACAGAAGAUAGGUGAUGGUUGGGAAUGGAGAGCUUCAAAGGACUGUUCUGAUGGCUACAUGUGCAAAACACAUUUUCAAGUUAAAAAUGGAACUGCAAUGUCACAUCAAGGAACAUCUGCCCAUGUACAGACAUUUCUUCCUGUGGAGGAGGCUUUAGAUCCCCCCCUGGAUGAUUUUGAGGUAACCGAGACCACCACGGCAGCCGAAGUGAUUAAAUAUGAGUAUCAUGUCUUAUAUUCCUGCAGCUACCAAGUGCCUGUGCUUUACUUUAGGGCAAGCUUUUUAGAUGGAAGACCUUUAGCUCUGAAGGACAUCUGGGAAGGAGUUCAUGAGUGCUAUAAGAUGCGAUUGCUGCAGGGACCAUGGGACACUAUUACUCAACAGGAGCAUCCGAUACUUGGACAACCCUUUUUUGUACUUCAUCCCUGCAAGACGAGUGAAUUCAUGACUCCUGUGUUAAAGAAUUCUCAAAAAAUCAAUAGGAAGGUCAACUACAUCACGUCGUGGCUGAGCAUGGUAGGGCCAGCUGUUGGGCUGAAUCUUCCUCUGAGUUACGCCACAGCAGCCUCCCAGGAUGAAGGCAAUGUCAGUGGACAAGAUUCUUCUAUUGAGCGAAAAAGCUUAGAAGAACACUGAGAGUUUAUGCGGCCGGCCCUGGUUUUAAUGGGGCCGAUAUGGUGUGAGAUUUCAGCUCACUGAGACUCUGACGUGGAUUUUUUUCCCCUUGGAAGUAAAUGUCUGCAGCAACUGAUAUGCUCUAUGUUUAGAAGAAACACUGCAAAGACACAAAUUACUAAAAAUAGCCAAAAAGGGCUCUAGCUCAGUAAUAGAAACAAUGACAUCAUCAGGGCACUUCCAGGUUCUUCUCUCAUGUCUCUGAGGCUCGUUCUCUUCAUCUUUGAUUUGAGAAUAACAAGAGACCUCAUAAGGUCGCUGUGAGAAAUGAAUGAGAGCCUUAGUGUGUGAGAAAGUAUUUAAGGAAAGUAUUAAGCAACUAUUCAUUAAAUGGUCACCUUUCUUAUAAUUGAUUGUCAUUCACUAAUCUGUCAAUAAGUUUAAUAGUCAGGAAGGUAUUAAGAUGAACCCUGGAAAGUUUGGUUUGGGGUUGCUGUUUUGUUUUUCAUUUUAACUUGCUAAGGUCUUAAACUAAGAGAAAAACAUGAUCACCUCUUUAGAGCAGCUAGACUAGUGCCUGUCAGUGAGGGACACACUUUAGAGUCAUUUGAGGCUCUUUCUCAACUACAGGCACUGCCACCCGCUGGAACUGCCCCUCCAGGUGAUGCUGAGGUACCUGCUCCUGAAGAAGUUCUGCUCUGGAUGUAACUUUUGAACCGCAUUUAUUUGUAUUGUUUUGGUCUCCCAAUAGGCCUUUGCCAGUUCUGUGCACAUAACUGGACUUUAAGCUAGACUUACUUCCUAACACUGUCCAGGUCUCACCCAAUAGACUGGCUAGCAAGGAGUCUAGGAGGCACCUGGAGAGGCAGCCCACUUGCGGGGAGCAGUUAGCAUGAGGGGAUUAUCUGCUGGCAAAUCACAGAGGGCCCUGCCAUCCCCCGCUAGUCUCUAGGUUAAGGGCUGCACUCUCAGGCAGGGAGCAGAAGUAGAGAAGGGGUUAAUUCAAAUUGCUGGAAAAGCUAAAAGUAAAUUUUAAAACGCUGAGCUGCACAUAUUCAUGCUGGUAUGAGAGCCUGCUUACAUGCUUGCUGGGCAUUUUGGUAUUUACCACUUAACAUCUUUUCAACUUCUGCAAGGGAUUUUUCCUCCCCACUCUCCCUAAUGUAAACACAGAUUUCUUAGCAAGUCAUUUCUCAAGCCAUGUCAUUUCUGGGGUUAAAAAAAAAAAUGUAAUAAUGUGUCAUGUGGAUGAUGUACUCAUCUGGAAAUAUUAGUUGUCCUUUG